AUGGUAAACCAAAUUAGUAAAAAGACUAAAUCAGAAAUCAAUCGUGCUAAAAAUAGUUGGAUUUGGAAUUAUUUUGAAUUAAAAGAAUUAGAAAUCGUAAAAGAUACUAGUGAAGAUAGUCACAAUGACAGUAAUGAAGAAAUUGAGAAAGUACUAAUUAUAGUUUGUCAAUAUAAAGAUACACCAACCUCUCCUCCUUGUGGUACAACAUAUAUACGAAAAGAUUCUUCAACCGGCAAUGCAAUAUCUCAUUUACGUUCAAAACAUGAUAUUAGUAAG